AUGGACGGUGGUGACUGUGGCGUUCUGUCUUCCGGAACGACGAUGUUGGAUGGGCAUUCAGAUGAUCAAUGCCUUCUGAAUCUUGAUACUUCAUCUGGUGUAGUUCCACCUCCUCCAAAUGAUACGGGUCAUGAAUUUAUUGGACCGUCUUCCGGUCCUCCACAGGUCACAAUAACACCGUCACCAGUCAGUCAUCAACCAGGCGGUGCAAAUGGGAUAUCCACAACACAACAUCCACAAUAUUCAGUGGAAUAUCUAUCCCAACUUUUGAAAGAUAAGAAACAGUUGGCUGCAUUUCCGAAUGUUUUUCAUCAUUUGGAACGAUUGGCUGACGAUGAAAUCAGUAAAGUUCGGGUGGCAUUAUUCCAGUUUGAAUUCACAAAGGACAACGUAACAUUACCAGAUGCUGAAGGAGAUAUUACAGUACAUACAGAGAAAGUAUUUGUUCCUGCUAAAGAACAUCCUGAUUAUAACUUCGUCGGUCGGAUACUUGGUCCACGUGGAAUGACAGCCAAACAGUUGGAACAAGAAACUGGAUGUAAGAUAAUGGUUCGUGGACGUGGAUCAAUGAGAGAUAAGAAAAAGGAAGAAUUGAAUAGAGGGAAACCGAAUUGGGAGCAUCUUUCGGAAGAACUUCAUGUUUUAAUUCAAUGUGAAGAUACAGCAAAUCGAGCAAAAGUGAAGUUAUUGAGAGCAAUGGAUGAAGUGAAGAAGUUAUUAGUACCAGCACCAGAAGGAGAAGAUGAAUUAAAGAGAAAACAAUUGAUGGAGUUGGCAAUCAUUAAUGGAACAUAUCGUUCGGGAGCUGAUCAAAGUGCACUUGCUGCUGCUCAUUUAGCUGCUGUGAAACAGCAACAACCAUUGGCUGCACUUCAAGCCGCUGCCCUGCAACGUGGAGUUAUGGCAAACGGAAUACAAAUGAUGGCCAAUGGAAUUUCCCGGUCUCCAACAAUGGCAGUUUGUGGUGCCCCAAUUGUAAUGAGUCCAUCUGGAAGAGCUGCUUCUGCCGGGGCAACAGCCACGUCACAAGCUGCUUUAAUAAUGCAGCAACAGUCACAAUUACAAGCAAAUGCAGGGAAUGCUGCUCUUCAACAACAAGCUGCACUUUUACAACAACAACAAGCAGCCGAAUAUCAGCAGAUUUUGUUAAACCAAGCAAGCCUCUACGAUUUCUCUGCAAUUCAACAAUAUGCAGCUGGUCAGAAUGCAGUUGCUGCUGCUCAAGCACAAGCUCAGGCACAGUAUGGAGCUUUAGCUGCCGCCGCCGCUGCGAAUUCGGCUCAAGCUGGCCAACAACAGUAUGCAGAUUAUGCAGGAGUAGAUUUAACUAGUCAACAAAGUGCACAUGGUGGGUAUUAUGUGAGACGAUGGGCUUAA